CAGCAGCCGUCGUGUCGGGAUUGGAAUGUUAGCGACUAACAAUUGGAACAACUGAGCACUCGGUAAUUGGACGCUAGGAUCAAGGAAUCUCGUAUUUUUAAACAUUUCCUCCGCUCUUAACGCGGCCCGAGGUCGGCGUCCGCUCCGCCGGUGUCGACGGGACAACUUCGCCCGCUGCGCGGCUCCCCUGUCGAUGAGGUUGUAUUUAAUACGCGGGCAGCUUGUAAUGAAAUAAGGAGAGAAAUGCAGGGAUUCGUCAGGUUACAGUUGUAGCCCGCCGCUCGAACUGCCUCGAUCUGCGCUGCGACGCGGCGCCGCUUCGCCCCGCGCGGGACCAUGGAGCGGUAGAGGAGCGACGCGGAGACGGGACGGAAUCACCCGACGCCGCCGGAGCCGCGCGAGCCCGUGUGUCGGCGAGCUGCACGUCCGCGCCGGGCUGUACCUCCGCGUCUGGGGGAGCCUCGGGGACCCCCGCCGCUCUCGCGCUCCGUCCGCGCGCCCGUUCGGGGGACGAGAGUUUCCCGGGCGGCUUCUCGGACAGGUCCGCGCGCGAGCCGCCGCGCGCCGCCGGGCUGAAUGAGGCUGGCGACCGGCGCACGGAGACAGAGCCGCUGCGCGUGAUCGCGUCCGACGGGGUCCGGGCAGAGGUGCACCCCAAGCCCCGCUGAAGGCUCCGCGACAUGGUGAUACUCCACCGACGAGGGGGACGGGGACGACGCUUGUAAACUCGCCCACAUGCACUGGAUCAAUUGCCGGACUUGGGAACCACAUACGCUGAAGGGGGGUCGGGGAUCCUUGGAGGCAGACGGAGGAUGGAGCGGUGUAGCCGGGGCUGGUGAGAGCCUCACUUCGGGCUACUUUACAUUUCUUAUUCCUACACAAGUCGCUGUUCCCCGGACACAUGCAGGCCAAAAAACGCUACCUGAUCCUGCUCUCCGCCGGCGCGUGUCUCGUGCUCCUCUUCUCCCUCGGGGGCGUCCAGCUUCCGGCGGCGAGCCGGAGCCGGAGCCGGCACGACCGCAGCCGCAGCGGGCACCGGCCCGACCAGCCCUGGCCGCACUUCUCGGACCCGUUACACCCGUUCGCGUCGUGGGACCAGGCGGACACCGAGGAGUACAACGUGCACAUGUCUCCGAGGCAGAAGAGGGACGUCCACGCGAGUGUUUACAGGGGCAAACGGUGCCGAAUGGAUUCGUGCUUUGAUUUCUCUCCGUGUCAGAAGAACGGAUUCAAAGUUUACGUGUACCCGCAGCAGAAGGGGGAGAAGAUCUCCGAGAGUUACCAGAACAUUUUAUCCACCAUUGAGGGCUCCAGGUUUUACACGUCGGACCCCGGACAGGCGUGCCUGUUCGUCCUGAGCCUGGACACGCUGGACCGGGACCAGCUGUCCCCGCAAUACGUCCACAACCUGAAGACCAAGGUCCAGAACCUGCCUCUGUGGAACGACGGCAGGAACCACCUCAUAUUCAACUUGUACUCCGGGACGUGGCCGGAUUACACGGAGGACCUGGGCUUCGACAUCGGCCAGGCGAUGCUGGCCAAAGCCAGCAUCAGCACCGAGAACUUCCGGCCCAGCUUCGACGUGUCCAUCCCGCUGUUCUCCAAGGAGCACCCGCGGACCGGCGGGGAGAGGGGGUUCCUCAAGUACAACUCCAUUCCGCCGUUCAGAAAGUACAUGCUGGUGUUCAAGGGGAAGCGCUACCUGACCGGCAUCGGCUCGGACACCCGGAACGCCUUAUACCACGUGCACAACGCGGAGGACGUGGUGCUGCUCACCACCUGCAAGCACGGCAAGGACUGGCAGAAGCACAAGGACGCGCGCUGCGACAGGGACAACGCGGAGUACGACAAGUACGACUACAAGGAGAUGCUCCACAACUCCACCUUCUGCCUGGUGCCUCGUGGCCGACGACUGGGCUCCUUCCGCUUCCUGGAGGCGCUGCAGGCCGCGUGCGUGCCCGUGAUGCUGAGCAACGGCUGGGAGCUGCCGUUCUCCGAGAUCAUCGACUGGAACACGGCCGCCGUCAUCGGCGACGAGAGGCUGCUGCUGCAGAUUCCCACCACCGUGCGCUCCAUCCACCAGGAUAAGAUCCUGUCCCUCAGGCAGCAGACGCAGUUCCUGUGGGAGGCCUACUUCUCCUCCGUGGAGAAGAUAGUGCUGACCACACUGGAGAUCAUCCAGGACCGCGUGCUGGAGCACGGCUCCAGGAGCAGCCUGAUGUGGAACAGCCACCCCGGGGGGCUCUUCACGCUGCCGCGCUACUCCGGCUACCUGGGAGACUUCCCCUUCUACUACGCCACCCUGGGCAUCAAGCCGUACCACAAGUUCACCGCCGUCAUCCACGCCGUCUCCCCUCUGGUGUCGCAGUCGCAGCCCAUCCUCAAGCUCCUCGUAGCUGUGGCCAGGUCCCAGUACUGUGCACAGAUCAUCGUCCUGUGGAACUGCGACAAGCCCCUGCCGGCGAAGCACCGCUGGCCGGCCACCUCCGUGCCCGUCAUCGUCAUCGAGGGGGAGAACAAGGUGAUGAGCAGCCGCUUCCUGCCGUACGAGACCAUAGCGACGGACGCGGUGCUCAGCCUGGAUGAAGACACGGUGUUGUCCACCACAGAGGUGGACUUUGCCUUCACCGUCUGGCAGAGCUUCCCAGAGCGGAUCGUAGGCUACCCCGCCCGCAGCCACUUCUGGGACAGCAACAAGGAGCGAUGGGGCUACACCUCCAAGUGGACCAACGAUUAUUCAAUGGUGCUGACCGGCGCCGCCAUCUACCACAGGUAUUACCAUUACCUGUACACCAACUACUUGCCCACGAGCCUGAAGAGCAUGGUGGACCAGCUGGCCAACUGCGAGGACAUCCUGAUGAACUUCCUGGUCUCCGCUGUCACCAAGCUGCCGCCGAUCAAGGUCACGCAGAAGAAGCAGUACAAGGAGACCAUGAUGGGGCAGUCUUCGAGGGCUUCUCGCUGGGCCGACCCCGACCACUUCGCCCAGCGACAGACCUGCAUGAACAAGUUCGCCAGCUGGUUUGGCGCCAUGCCGCUGGUCCACUCGCAGAUGAGACUGGACCCCGUCCUGUUCAAGGACCAGGUCUCCAUCCUCCGCAAGAAAUACAGGGACAUCGAGAGGCUCUGACAGGACCGACGCCCCCUCUGGGGAGACCCCACGCAGGGGGAGGCACGAGAGAGAGACUCCUUGGAGGGAAGAAGGAGUAGUAGGACUGUACCCGGAUGGACAGGGAGCGACGCGGCUCCGUCUUCCACUCAGCACAUUGCCAAUGACCACAGCGCUGCUGCUGCCAGGACUUGAUGCAGGAAGGGAUGAAUAGGAAGCAAGCAGAUGGCGCUUGGAUUUGAAAAGCGCAAACAAAAAGCGCAAACAGGCCGACAAAGAGGAGUGCACAAACUGACGGACAUGCCAAACAGGACUGUAUGUUUCGCAAGCGUGCAAACACACAGACGCACUACUGAUGCUGAAGAACUCCCGAAUAAAAUAUUUUUUCUACGACGCGAACGCGGACGACGCUGACUUUCCUGCUCUCGGCACAUUUGCAGGUAGUAGAGGAAGAGGGGAGGUGUCUGCGGCCACCAACCUGGCAACCGCAGCCACAACAGACUCU